UUGCAAAAUUUUGGAUUUCAAUUUGCUUUUCUUCGUCCUCUUUCUUCAUAUUCUUAAUCGAAAAAACUAUAUAAUUCAGAAAAAUAUUAAGAAAAACUUUGCAAAUAAAUAAAUAGAAACACUACAGUGGGAUACUGCCCGCUAUUGCAUACCCUAUAUCACUUGGCCUAACACAUUUAUACAUACAAUGGCUUUGGAAAAUAAAUGUUUAAAUGGGGAAUGGUCGACAAAGUGGGAUGGUAACCAUUUUCAAUAGCGGGUACACUGGCGUACAAAAUUUCAUCAAAAUAUCUUAAAAAUUUGUGACGUAGUGUGAUUUGGACAAAAGAAUGCAAGACGGACGCAGGGACAAAAUCAUCAAAAUGUUGUAAAAGUUUGUAAGCCGUGUCUUGAAUACAUGGCAGUUGCCAUAUAACGACUUUUUAAAAUAAUUGCUUAUGCGGGAAGUGGUCGAAAAGCUAUUCGAGCUAUUUCCAAUAGUGUUCGUAUUUUAGCCGAAACAUAUUCGGUGUACUCAAUUUCAUUAAAAUAUUUCGUCAGUUGCCGCCUUUAGGUUGAACAUAAGAAAACAAGAUAGACAGACGGAUGGACAAACUUAUAUAAAAAAUGGAUGCGUAUCAAGUCAGAUUUGUAGAUUAACAUACCAAAGCUAGAUGGACGCAAGAACAGACAGACAAGCUUAAAUCGAGUCGAAAAGUAAUUCAGGAAGCGAAUGAAAAAGGUGAACGAUGUGUUACUUAAUAUAUAUGUUAUAGGGCAUAAUAUAAAAUUGUUAUGACGUGUUUAGGCAUUAUCGAUUUCGUUUAAAAUUUUGAAAAUGAAAAUAAAAGUGUUCGAUUAUUUAAAAAAUUCCAAAGUGUUAGUGUAUGAUCAAUAAAUUUUCGCUUUAGAGCUUUAAAAACAUAAUAUUAUCGUGAUUGGUUAAUUGUUGUUGCCAAUUAAAUAAUGAAAAAAUUUUGAAAAAAAAGUAGUUUAAUUAUUUCCAAUUGAUUUUAUUUUUUUAGUGCAGAUAAUAUAUUAAAAAAAAAAAGACAAAAACAAAAGAAAUAAAACAAUUUACGCUUUAAACAAAGUGUUCAGAUAAAGUGCUCGUUAAAAGAAAAUAAAAAAAAAAAAAUUCAAUUAAAAUAAAAAUUAAAAGAACAAGAAAAAGAAAAGAAGAAGAAGAAGAAUAAACAAAAAAAACAAAAAAAAAAAACAUUAAUCUUACAAUUUGAGACUUUAACGUACAAUGGCCACACUUUGUAUUAGUAAAACUAAUACAACGUCGUUAACUAGCGAACCAAUAAAAGUCAGUAAAUUUUUCAACAAUAGCUCCAGUUAUCAGAGUAAAAUUCAACAAUUGAUUAGCUUGAGUUUCACCUCAUGGAAUUUUUUAUUUAUUACAUUCAUUCUAAGUAUUAGUAAAUUGUGUACUAUAGCAGCGACCGAGUCACCCCAUCAAACCGGUGCUGCUCAUCAUCCCACCAACGCUCCCAAUUUUCUAAUGACAAAUGGUACCGCAUUACUAGAGAAAUUGAAUGCAUUUCGUGUUAAUACAUUGGGGCCACCUACAAAUAAAAAUAAAACUUCUACUGCCGCCGCCUCAUCAGCUACGGAAAACAAUUUAACUGUUUCAGGUGGUGGUGGUGUUAAUGGUGUUGGUAGUGCUGCCACCGGCACUGUAGCAUCAUCUUCAUAUUUCGGCAAUAAAGUCUUCAUGAAUAUGGAUAUAAAAUUUCUAAACGUUUCUGGCAAAAUUGGUACACGUCUCGGCAUAGGACAAAAUGUUACUAGAAAAUGUGCGGAUAAGCAAUUUCAAUGCGGUAAUGGUGCUUGCAUACCAAUACGUUACUUAUGUGAUGGGGAUUCAGAUUGUCCCGAUCACAGUGAUGAAAUGAUUGAAACGUGUAAAUUUAGAGCUUACAACUCUAAUGAGUCCUCCUGCGAAGAGGGUAGAUUCCGUUGUAAUAACGGUAAUUGCAUACCCAACAGAUGGCGAUGUGAUCAAGAGAACGAUUGUGCUGAUGGUUCUGAUGAAACACCUUCAAUGUGCAAAAGCAAAACAUGUUCACCCGAUGAAUUCACAUGUAAAUCCGGUGAAGGUGAAUGUAUACCUCUCGCCUGGAUGUGUGAUCAGAGUAAAGAUUGUUCGGAUGGCUCCGAUGAGGCCUCAUGCAACGAUACCUGCCGUUCUGAUGAGUUUACUUGCGGUAAUGGCCGUUGUAUACAAAGCAGAUGGAAAUGCGAUCAUGAUGAUGAUUGCGGUGACGGGAGCGAUGAGAAAAAUUGCCCGAUAGUGCCGUGCAACAAUCAUGAAUUCACUUGUGGCACUGGCGCCUGCGUACAUCGUCGCUGGCGUUGUGACGGUGAAAACGACUGUUCCGAUGGUUCCGAUGAAGCUGGUUGCUUAAAUCUUACACAAUCAAUAAAUCCUUGUUUGCGCUUGGAAUUCCAAUGCAAAGAUCUCAUUACGUGCAUUAAUUUGGAUUGGUUAUGCGACGGUGAGGCCGAUUGUCCGGGUGGUGAUGACGAACAUCUCGCAAACUGUAAAAACAAAACUUGUCGUGACGAUCAAUUUCAAUGUGAUAAUCUUUCAUGCAUUGCCGGCCAAUUGAUCUGUAAUGGUGUGGCCGAUUGUGCUGACAGAAGUGAUGAACGUAAUUGUGAUUUACACAAACAAACUGUUUGUAAUGCUACUACACAUUUCGAUUGUGGUGGCGGCCAAUGUAUACCUCUUGCCAAAGUGUGUGACAAACAAAAAGACUGCCCCGAUGGUGAAGAUGAACCCGCCAAUAAAUGUGAUAUUAAUGAAUGCUCCAUUGAUAACGGUGGCUGCAUGCACAAAUGUAUCGAUCAACCGAUUGGUUAUCGCUGUGAAUGCGAAACAGGCUACAAACUCAUUAAUAAUCGAACGUGUAUAGAUGUGAAUGAAUGUGCCGAAGAUCCGGGUGCCUGCUCGCAAAUGUGUAUCAAUGAAAUUGGUGGCUUUAAAUGCGAAUGCAUGGAAGGUUACAUGCGAGAUCCCCGCAAUCAUACACGUUGUAAGGCUACCGAAGGACAUGCAUCGCUGCUAUUGGCACGACGUCAUGACAUUAGGAAAAUUGCUUUAGAUCAUAUGGAAAUGACAUCGAUUGUGAAUAAUACAAAAUCGGCGACAGCCUUAGAUUUUGUAUUCCGUACUGGGAUGAUAUUCUGGAGCGAUGUAUCAACUCAAAGCAUUUACAAAGCUCCAAUUGAUGAAGGCAAUGAGAAAACUGUAGUAUUAAAAGCAAGUAGUGUAACAUCAGAUGGUUUGGCAGUUGAUUGGAUUUAUAAUCAUAUUUAUUUCACUGAUACACACAAAGGUACCAUUGAAUUGACCAAUUUUGAUGGUAAUAUGGGUAAAGUUUUAAUUGAAGAUGAACUGGAUAUACCGCGUUCAAUAGCGUUAGAUCCAAUUGAAGGUUGGAUGUAUUGGUCGGAUUGGGGCGCCUCGCCACGUAUUGAACGCGCCGGCAUGGAUGGUACCCAUCGUACUACUAUAGUAAAUUAUGAUGUUAAAUGGCCGAAUGGCAUUACAUUGGAUAUGGUACGUAAACGUAUUUACUGGGUUGAUGGCAAAUUAAAUAUUAUCUCAUCGGCCAAUUAUGAUGGCUCACAACGUCGUCAAAUUUUAUAUUCAACGGAAUAUUUACGCCAUCCAUUUUCAAUAACAACAUUUGAAGAUUACAUAUAUUGGACUGAUUGGGAUAAGCAAACCGUGUUCAAAGCGAACAAAUUCACCGGACAAAACGUCGAAGCUAUAACAGCAAUGCAUAUGUUGCAGCAUCCGAUGGUUAUACAUGUAUAUCAUCCGUAUCGUCAGCCAGAUGGUGAAAAUUAUUGCCAGGCUGUUAACGGACAUUGUUCACAUUUAUGUUUGCCAGCGCCGCAUAUUAAUGAGCGUAGUCCACGUAUAUCGUGCGCUUGUCCCACCGGUCUUAAGCUAAUGGAGGAUGGACAAAUGUGUGUCGAAGACCCAACGUAUACAGCAAGUUUACCGCAACGGCAUAAUGUGAUCAACAUACCAAAGAUUAAUUUUAAUAUUCCCACUUACUCGCCUUUGGAUUUAGAACAGGAAUCAACAAUGUCAACGUCGUCACACUCAUCAUUAUCCGCUUCACAUGAAUUUGACGUCAUAUCGUCGUCUCAUAGCCAAAUACCUCAAAAUGAACACAGAGCCACUGCUAAUGACGACACGAAUAAUGCCACUACUAUUACUCAUCAUAUAGUAGAAAACAGCGCGGUCAACAAACAUACCACCGGUAAUGCUACACAUAGUGGAGAUGGUAGCGUUAUUGCCACCACAACACAACCGGAUUCCGGUUAUAUAGCUUUGGUCGUUAUCGGUAGUCUGUUAGGCUCUUCAUUAGCCUUGGGAGCGCUUUUAUAUCUUGGCUAUCGUCAUUGUAGCAGGCGAUCGAUUAAUUCAAUGAACUUUGAGAAUCCUGUGUAUCGUAAAACGACCGAAGAUCAUUUUAGUCUUGAAAAGAAUCUACCGGUUCGCAUGUAUCCUAGUACGGUAGAUGAAGAGUGUAAAGAACCUCUAAAAGAGCUGGGUACUGAAUGUGUAUAAAGAUUUUUAUGGCAUAUACACAUUUAUACAUACAUAUAUGUAUAUAUGUGGAAAUAUUAAGCAAAGAAAAAGAAAUUUUAAAAGACAUUUAAGGAAAUACUCUCACAAUAACAUUUAAGACUCAAUUAAUUUCAAUCUUGAUCGAAAGAGUUAAAGCGUAAAAGAAAUAAAACUAACUUCAAGGCCAUUCGACAGAAAUUACACAUUACUUUCAAAUUCUGCAAAGUGAUAUAAAUUCAACUUUAAAAAGGCAAAAAAAAACAAA